AAGUUUUAGUAGACGAGUGCGAAGUCUGUUAACUGAAAUAAUACGUAAAAUAAACAGAAUUGCAAAAUUCUUGUUUACUCAAUUUAAGAAUUAAAAUGAACUUUUAAUUACAAUUUGUUACAAAAUCUAUAAAUUUAUGAUCUAUAAUUCAAAUAAUCUACAAUGAAUUAAAAAAGAUUGUUACUAAAAAUAAAGACGUACGACAAUUUAUCAUUAAAUGAUAAAUCCCUGUGCCAUAAAUCAAUCGUAUAAUCAGGAAGCUUGUUACUUUGCCUUCAUAUAAAUGAGAGAAGGUUCGAACUUUAAGUAAAAAAAAGAAAUUUAAUUACAAAAAAAAAAUGUCUCACACCAUGAGUGAAAAUCAAAUUAACAACAAAUCAAUUUACAAUUUUUCUUGUGAUAAAAUUUCGAAGAUUGUGUCAAAAGCAGAAAUAAAAGUUUUGUACGAACAAAUAUUUUGCGAUGAAGCGGAAAAUAUUGACUAUUCUUUACAACCGUUUUGUGAUGAAAAACUCGGUUUUCUUGGUUCACAUUUAAAAUUGGAAUUAAUUGGAAGAACAAAAAAAAGUCAGCAAAUAAGAAAAAAAUCAUUUUUCUUAAAGAUCAUUCCAUAUCAACUACCAUUGCAGGCAAUUUUCAUUCAGGAGAGUCAAAUUUUUGCUAAGGAAAUAUUUUUCUUUGAGAAUAUUGUGCCUGAAUUGAAUUACAAUUAUUUUGGUGAGAAAUGGUCGCCAAUUUGUUAUUUAAUUAAAGACGAUGCUCUUGUUUUUGAGAAUUUAAAAGAAAAGGGUUUUCGAAUGAUUCCCGAUAAAAUAUUCGAUAGAGAAUUAAUGAUCGCUGCAUUGACGUCAAUUGCAAAUUUACAUGCGGCAUCGAUAAUUGCUGAGGAUCGAUUGAAGCAAAAAUUUAAUAUCAUUUUUCCAGAAGCCUUCGAGGAGAAUCCAUUUGAUAAUUCAGUGAAACGUUUACAAUGGUUUGAGACUGCUGUCGAUUUUACGAUAUUUCUCGCCGAUAAAUUAGGUUUAAAGACAGAGAAUAUUUUUCGAGCUUGUCGAAAGUCGUGUGAGGGUUUUAAACCAUCGGCAACGAAACGUAAUGUCGUGAGUCAUGGUGAUUUAUGGGGUAAUAAUUUGCUAUUCAAUGAAACAAAGAAGAAAUGUGUUCUCGUUGAUUUUCAAUUAUUACGAUAUUCGUCACUCGCUCACGAUGUCACUCAAUUAUUGUAUUUAUGCACGACACGUGAUUUUCGUGAGAAACAUGAGGCGGAAUUGAUAAAACACUAUUUUGCAGUAUUGACACGUGCCUUGAUGGAGAAUAAUAAAAAUAUUCAAAUUCCCUCAUGGAGUGAACUUCUCGAUGGAAUUGAAGAGCAAAGAUUAUGUGCAAUUGUGACGGCGGCAAUUUUCUUUCCAACUGUAUUAAUGGAUGGUAAAAGUGGUGCGGAAAUUUUUGACGAUCCAGAAAAUUACGAUAAAUAUGUAUUUCACGAUCGUAAAGAUUUUGUAUUCUCAAUAAUGCAACGUGAUCCUCAUUAUGCUCGACGUAUUAAUGAAAUUGUUGAGGAACUCGUUGAAUUCGCCGAAAAAUUGCAACAUCUUCCAAAUCCAUCUUAAGAGAAGAAAAAAAAAUUUUCUUUUCUUUCUACACAUCUGAAAAAUAAUCCGCAAAAAAAAUGUAAAUUAUAAUUUUGAAUAUAAAAAUUAAUUGGACGGAUAAAUAAAUUAUAUUUCAACCAAA